AUGGAAAAUCGAGUGCAAGAGGCCAUUGAAAAAGCCUCUCAGCUCAUAAUAACACGAGAUUACUCCUCGGCAUCCAAUAUUCUAUACACGGAGUUACUCAAAAAGGAGAAUUCGCAUCAAGAUUCGGUCAAAUUGAUGCAUUACUACAUAUUAACAUAUUUUUUUACAUGUAAAGAUAUUCAGCGGUUCUAUCAACAGUUUGUUGAUUCAAAUAAGAAUCUUGAAGGCUUUACUUCUAUAAUGAAUGAUUUAGUCCAAGAAAUUAUUGCACAACUAAAUGACUUUCAUAAGAAAAUACGAUAUAGAUUAACAACUGAUUUCUAUCUACAAACAGGUGCUUGUGCUGCUUUUAUUGAAAAACUUAAUACAGACGAAAAUAUUGCUUUCGAGACUAUUGAUACUAUGUUUUACAUAUAUGAGCAAGGGAGUAACAUAAUAAAGCCCACCGAUUAUGCUGCAUUCCAUUCUGCUGCGUUUAUUCGAAUACAAAAACAAAUUAACAAACUCGACGAAAAAACUAUUCGCAUUGUCAACGAGAAAAACAUAAAGACAGAAUUGUCAAUCCUCAGGAAAAGCGCAUCGAGAUCAUUUAGGAAAGAAAUAGAUAAAUUUGAAACAAAUAUUUCACUUCGUUACAUAAAAUCCGAAUAUCUGAGCAAGCAAUUUAGAGGAUUGAUGUAUAUAUCAAAUUUACAUAAACUACACAAAGAUUUAAUUGAGAAAAUACAACAAGACAACAUAAUAAAUUUUUUAAUUGCUCACAUGCAUCAUAAUCUUGUCGAACCAUUCGCACAUCUACUUUCCCGCCUUUGGUACUACGGCCACUACACCACAAACCAGCUAAACAGCUUCUGGGAGCUCACAUUUCAGCAGCAUCACUCUGAAAUUGGGAAUUUCUUCGCCCAGUGGCCAAGACUGUACGAAUCGAUACCACAAGACAGGAUUGGAGAGUUCUGGCAGCUGAUUACUAACACGAAGCAGUAUCCUCCCGCUUCAUACAGAUUUUUGAUCAGAAUUUCCUACAAUUGUCCGGAAUUUGUGAGGAAAUCGCUGCUGGAGACACUCUGGGAGACACGGGAUUACAAGGUUGUCUACGCUUUCCUCCCGAAAACGAAAGCUGAGAAAUAUUCUUAUUUUUACAAGGCGCUGGACAUAAGGAGCAUCAACGAACGCUUCUCCCUCCAGGUUCUCAACCAUCUGUGGGAGAGCGGAAUAUCCAGCUACGACGAAAUAGUGAAUAUAAGUUGGAAUCCGGCAAAUUACGAUUUACUGCUCAGAUUGUUGACAAAUAUCACGAAGAACACAAACUACUUCAGCCACCAACAGUUUGAGGCAACAAAGAAGAUACUUGUCGAUACAAAUCCAACAACUUUGAAAAAUUUCCUAUCAGAAAUCAGAUUUCUGCUUUCGCAAGAGGCACAAUCGAACCUCCUGACAUGGGCAUGCGAUCACGGACUGAAUUCUGAUGUAGUUAUCUGGAUUUACAAAAAUUUUCCAAGUUCAAACUCAGAUUCUCUCUGGAAGUUGAUUUUCGACCACAAAAGGAACGAAAUAUCAUCAUUUGUGGUUGACAAUGCCUUGGAAAUCGAGUCAAACGAGGCAAUUAUGUCAAUAAUCAACAAAUGCUCGACCAAAGUAGGGAAUAUUGGGUCACUAGUCACUCUAGGCUACUUGAUACGCAAGGUAGAGGACUCCAUUGACUUCGAAACCCUCAACAUCCGCAGAAAUCUCUUCACUCCGCCAGAAUCUUUGUUUAUCGUCAACAUCACAGGGGCGAUAACCAAAACAGUGAAGAUCUCUCCGAGCAUAACAGUCGCCACAUUCAAGAAAUACUGCUCAAACCUAAUAAACUCAGUGGAUGCGAUUGUUCUGUUCGAAAACAUCGCUAUCUCGCCCAACCACCAGUUCGCAAACGAGCAGAAGUUCGCUGUCUACCGGAAAACUACGACACCGGCCAGGCAGUGGCUCCACGACGAGCUCCCCUCUGUUAUCAUAAGGAGAUCUUCAGUUUUCGGCCAGUUGUUCCAGCUGAUGAACACCACGAACAGCGAGAUAGCCGUGAACGCGCUCCAACUCCUCAAUCUGAUGGACACUUCGCAGUCGGAUAUUGAAAAUUUCCAGAACUCCAUAAUUUGCGGAGAUUUCUCUGGGCUGCUAGAUAUUACUCAUCCCCUCUUGCUACAGUACAGAUUACACCACUUGGCAAAGCUGAUUUCGGAAAAUAACAAAAAUUUUGUCGAUAAUGCAGCUCUUCCAGCGACAAAAUCACUUCUAAACAUACUGUUGAAUGAAUCAGUAAGAAAUGAACAGUACGUUGGAAUGCUAAUUCGCUGUAUUUCGAUGCUGAUGAACUUUGAAAAAACAAAAGAGGUUUUUAUCGAAAUUGGAGCUGAGAGAGGCAUCAACUCUCUAUCUAACUGGAUUUUGGAUAACUUACGAAGCCACCAAAUCCAGCAAAUGUAUCUUUCGAUUUCAUUAUUCACUUUCUUUAACAAAUUCGUAUCAAUAGACCCCACUCCUCUAACCAAGCUGAAAGACUUAGACGAACUGUUCAGUCUGGCGAUGUUUGAAUCGAAUAUGAGAGUUGCUUCUUUUUCCCACAUCGCAUUUUCGAAAUUACCUCUUGAAAACCUUGAAAAUCUUGUUGUCAAAAAUAUCAGCAAGUCAGCGCAUAACUGUUCGCGCGAAUUCUUCAUUUUAUUGAAGCAAAUUGCUGAUAAUACUCAAAAUCCGUCUAAAUUGUUUUCUAUUCUAUUCAAGACUCUGAAGGACAACCUUCUCAUUCCCAAGGACAUCCACCUCAGAGAAGAGAUCCCUGAAGAUAUUACCGGAGAAUUAUCAAAACCUCUAACAGAUAAAGAGGAAACCGACCUCAAACUCUCUGUUAGAGACCUCACAGGCAACUUAGCCGACUCCCAUUUCGUCAACGGAAUCAUUGAUUCUUUAUCAAUUCUGCUUCCCAAGGUAGAAACAGACGAAGACGGGAUAUUGGAGCAAUGUCUUGAGUUUCUUGUAUCAAACAUCCUACUAAAUACCCGCAGAUACAUAGAGAAACCAUACUUAUUAACUCAACUAGUUCUAGAUCUCACCAAAAGAACCCACAGCCACAUCCUUCUCCAGUACCUGACCCAGUUCCUAUCCAUCUACAACACGGAUUACGUUGCCAACAACAACUACAGCUACUUAUGCGAAAUGAACGGACCGCGCGGCAUCAUAAACCUCGGCUGCAUCUGCUAUCUCAACUCAGCCAUGCAGAUAUUCUUCAGAAUCAAGGACGCAAAAGAGGCAAUCCUCGGCUACUGCUCCAACGACGAGUCAAUCGACAAGGACGACUUCUCCCAGUUCCAGCUGUUCAUCUGCCAGCUCUGCUACCUUCCGUGCGCAGCGGUGGAUCCAUCCAUUUUCGUGAAGACUUGGAAAGGAUUCGGGAAGAAGCUGAUAAACACGAUUGAGCAGCAAGAUUCCAGCGAAUUCCUCCAGUCUCUGCUUGACAAAAUUGACGAGAAAGUUCAGAAGAAGGAGAACACAUCGCAGUCAGUCAGAGGAACAAUUCUCCACGUGAUGAAAGGCAUUGGAAACAAGUUCCAGAGUGAGUCGAGGGACGAAUUCACUCUGUUAACACUCGAAGUCAAGAACAACAAGAAUUUUGAAGACGCAUUUAAAACAUUCCUCCAGCCUGACAUAAUACAGGGAUACAACACAGAGACAGAGCUCGGAAACAUCGACAUAGAGAGAUACCACUACCUCGAGAAAGCUCCAGACGUCCUCCUUGUCCAGUUGAAGCGAUUCGAGUUCGAUCUGAUGACAGGAGAUAGGAAGAAGCUGAACACGUACUUCGAGUUCCCCCUCGUCGCCGACUUCAGCCCAAUCAUGCAGUGCCCGCAGGACUCGAAGUACUCCCUCUGCGGCAUCAUAGUCCACAGCGGGUCCAGCGCCGGCGGACACUACUUCACUUACACGAGGGAGGGCGAGAGGUGGCUCUGCUUCAACGACUCCCACGUGCAGGAGAUUCUGAUGAAGCCGGAGGAGAUGAUAAAGACGAUGUUCGGCGGAAACACGACACACGAGAUCUACGACCCAGACUACAACUCUAUGAAGACAGAGACAUGCGAGAAAACAACGUCUGCUUACGUUUUAUUCUACAAGAAAAUCAACGAAAGUAACGAAGCAAAAACACAAAACGAGAGGGAGCCAAUAGAGCUGAUGCCGAAGAGAAUGGUUAAAUACUUCGUGGAGAGCGUAAGUCAGAUGAUAGUGCACGAGACAAUGGCAAACAACGAAGUCGUGUCACUCAUUACUUCGCUGACACAGAUAGAGGAAAGUUCUGACUUCAUCUUUGACUACUUCUUCAAAGUUACAAACUGCAGUGAUGAGAUCAGGAAGUCAAUUGUUGCGAGCGCUUCCAAGCAGGAGUUCGCAAACUUCAUCCUGAAGAAAGUCGACUUUCUCAUCGAUAUUCUGCUCAAAAACAAAAACGAAGCGCUCAGACAGAGCACAAUCGAACUUGCAAAUACAGCAAUGAUGGCUGCAAAUAAGGAAAUAUCAAAAAAUUUCAUUGAUGUAAUUCUAUCAAAACUUGAUACUUUUUAUGAUUAUUGGCGAAAUUUAGAUGAUAUAUUUGCUCCCAUUCUUUUCUACGAGAAGCACAUUGAGUUGUGCGACAUUUCUAACUAUUUAUUGGAUUUUGUUUUGAAAGUAGACGAAAAAAUACCAAAAACAGAACUUUCCGAAUUUGUCAGAACAGUGAAAUUGUCACGUCUUUUUGAGUGCAUCAACUACAUCCUGGAGAAGACGAAGAGCUACUCUACAUACCGCCAGAAGAUCGUCAGCAAGAACCUCAUGGACAGGUGGUUCACAUCAGACCAGAACGCGUUCAACUUCUCAAUGCUCGUCAUGUCGCUGAUAAAAGACAGCACGGAGAUGAACAACGAGUACUUCUCGUACCUCAACAGCCAGAAGGACCAGAUCCAGCCAAAUGUCGUCGCCGCACACUUUGCAACUGCCUGCUCCUUCUCAGACAGCCUCCAGAAGAACAGGCUGCAGUGGUUCUACUCGUUCAUCAGGUCGAAGAACUGGAACGCAAACUCUGUCGCUGUCUUCCUAAACGAAACUGCUGUCAGACUGUCUCACUCAACUGUGUGCAGCUUGGUAUUCUCCCCAGAAAUAUGGCUGGAAAAGUGGCUGCUGAAUAAUGAACAAAUAGUGAGGAACUCUUGCGAGAACUUGCUUUAUUCACUUGUUCCAAAAUGCCAAAGAAUCAACAAAAAUGUCAAAAAUUUGCCUUCUGAAAAAAUUCCAAUUUCUGAUAUAGAAAAACUCGCUUUCUCCACACUGUUUGAGUCACUAAAGGCAAUGUUCCCACAGAUGCUAAACCAGAGUUUGCAGGGAAGCGGUUUCUUACUUUACAAAAAACCGUCUGACAGUUAUAUUUCCUGCAUGACAUUUUUUGACAGUUUAUCAUGGGUUGUUUAUUACGGCAGCUUCCAGGACAGGGUGAAGAAAGAGUUCGGAGGAUUGAUCGCAAAGAGUGCCAUAGUUUUGUCACAACUGAAAUACAAUCAAAAUUGUGGAAUUAUUUCACUUUGUCACUUUUUAUAUUUAUUUGAAUUCAAAUUUGAUUCCAAUUUGAGUCAAAUCUUCAUCAACUGUCUCUCCAACAUGGUUCUCGAGUCUGAGUUCGUCAACUUCCUUUCUGCGGAGUUACUUCCCCUUUUGAGUAACAGCGACGAAACAUCCUCUGCUUUGUUGGAGUCGAAACUCUUCAGACACUGCGUUUUCUACAGCCUCCAGACAUCCGACCACUUCUACUCUGACGCUGCAAUAUCCGUGCAGCACGUCAUCGAGUCUUUUCCACUGAAUCUCUCUGAGAACGUCGCUGCAAAGAUUUGGACAAUGGAGAACGUAAAAGUCCUCUUUUCGUCUAAAAUAUUCGUCGAAAUCUCAAGAUACUUGGUGAAUUUGGUGGAUGAUGGACUCGACGGUUUUAUCAAGUCAAAUAUGCUUUAUUUGGUCACUUCACAUCUCAGUUUAUUACUGUCUAAGAGUGACUGGCAGAGCAGCUUUUUGUACUCCGAUCUUUUCUAUCUGUUCACGAAGCGAUUCAUAGAUCUAAGGAAGGGAAAAACAAGUUACUUCAUUUUUAAUAGACUGUCAUUUUUUAUUGAAUUUUGCAAGACUUCACAAGACUUAGUCAAAACGCAGUUGAAGAGCUGCCUGGACGUCACGAUCCCUCAAGACCUGAGCCUGCAGCUGAUUGAGACAGUCAAGCUGAUGAUCACGUGCGAUGCCUCAGUCAUCGAGUACCUCCUCUCGCCAUGUCUUUCUUGCAUCUCGAACGGAGGGUGGAAGAGGCUGAACUUGGAGUCGAGCGUGAGAAUUGCAAACCUGCUCUGCCAGGUGUCCAAGAUGUCGCCUGCCUCUAACAUCCAGGCGAAGGUCAUCUCAACCAUGGUAAAUUGCAAUUUCUACAACACGCAGUGCAGUUCAAUAAUUCUGAGAGGAAACGGAGGAUUUUCAAACGAAAACUGCAUAACUCUGUUCACUCUUUUUGACGGAAUAAUGAGGAGCGAUGAGAACAGGUCUUCAUUCGUCUGCGAGUUCUUGAAUUUGAUGUGCGAAGUCUCGAAAUCUGUAAACAAAACAAGCACUUUGGAUAUUUGGGUUUCUGUUCUAUUCAGCGAUGUGAAACUUGGCGCAGUCUCUCCAAAUUUGGUUGCAAAAGUAGUCAACGCAAUGCUCAAGUUUGAGACUUUAUCUCAGGCCAAAACUAAGAGAGAAAUAACUGAUGAGCAGUUACGGGAAUUCCCUGAGAAAGUAGCCAAAGCUCUCAAAUACUUGUCCCAUUCUUAA